GUCACAUGACAUACCCCUGAUAAAUGUAACCGCAGUAGAACCCGCAACUCAUAGUUAUUUUGGCGACGCAAUGAAGGCAGUCAUGCCGUUUUUUAUAGUCUAAUGUUUCGCUGGUUUUCAAGAUUUUAAUGUGUUUUCGGGAUAUUAUUUGGAUUUUAUUUCUAUUCUUUUGUUGUUGUGUUUGUGUAUUUUUACCACCUUACGGUGUGGUAACCGGUAUUUGUAGACAUAUCGUAGAUAUGAGCCGAGCUUCUGGUGAAGCAGACAACAUGGCGGACUUUUUGUCCGGUGGAGAAGACUCGGAUGAGUUUUCUGGAUUUAGUGACGCUAAUUUGCGUAGUGAUAAUGAACAGUGUGUUCAAGAAAAUAAUAGUACUAUUGUUAUUCCGGAAGAUACCGUAAAUAACGCAGAAUCUUCUAGAUUUACUAUACCACGUGUCAAAGUUUCGAAGAAACAGAAGGAUAAAGACACUAAGUCUAAAAGUAAGAAGAAAGGAAAAACAACGAAGAAGAAAAGUUCAGGUAUGAAUUUUGAUGUAUCAAAGUUGUCUUCGUCUGACCUGUCCUCGUUGAGGCAGGCCUUAGGAAUUGACUAUCCCCAAGAGCACGUGGUGCCAGAGUAUGAUUCAGAGGAAGCUAUGUAUUAUCAGUCACCGUUAGGUGCUUUAGAAAAUUUGCCAAAUAUUCACGUCGAAGUUUCAGAAAAUGAACAUUUUAAGAAGAAACCGUGUAAUAAAAAUUUGUCAAGCAGAAUGAUUGAUGCAUUAUUUGAUGAUUCUGAUAAAGAGUCUGAAUUAGAAGAGAAAGAUUGGGAUCUUCCGAAGCUGAAAGCCCCUGAAAAGAGUAAACCAGUUAAUAGUUCAUUGGCAAAUUUGAUUAACACUGCCUGUGUGGAACAGUGUGAUAUUGAGACUGUUGUUCAGAAAUACAAAAUUCCAGAGAACUGUGUUAAUAUUGGUUCCCCUUCUGUGAAUAAGGAGAUAUGGAAAAUCCUGGAUAAAAAGACACAGGGGCAGGAUAGAUCUUUCCAAGAUAUACAGACACUUGUAGCGUCUAGUAUUGUACCUAUUAUAAGGUUAUCUGAAAUUCUUAAACCCAGUAUUAACUCUAAUGUUGAGGCUAAAACUAUGCUGUCUGAGGCUUUAACAAUAUUAGGACAGGUUCAGUUAAAUAUUUCCCUUCGUAGAAGGUAUAUGAUUAGACCUAAUUUAAAAAAGAAGUAUUUUAAUUUGUGUAAUGUUAACACGCCGAUUACAGACAAACUGUUUGGUGAUGACUUGGCAAAGGAAAUUAAGAACUGUGAUGCUUUAAGCUAUAUAGGAAAAGAGCAGAGAUUUCUUCCUAGGGGAAGAGGUUAUGGCUAUGGAAGAGCGCCUCGUAGAGGCUUCUUUAAUCAGCAUUCUGUAUACCAAAACGUCAGGUCUCAGCCGUAUCCUUCUUAUGGUCAAUCCAUGUAUGGCCAGUCAUCAUAUCAGAAGAAUUAUGCCGGAAGGCAGCCGUAUUAUAGGGGUAGAGGCAGGAAGACUGCCACUGCUACAGCUUCACGCUCCCCAAACGAUCAAGCCUAAUUAAACAGGCUGCCCAGACACAGGGACUUACUAACUUUGCCUCACAAUGGGGAGCAUCAUCCUCUCAGCAAGAAGAUGAAGAUCUUCGCAGUUUGUGUAUCAGGAGAGCGCUCUGUCACACAGGAGCUUCAAAGACA